AUGACUUUGGCAGAUCCAGGUUUCCAUAAGCGAGCGCCGAUUGAUAUUCUGUUGGGUUUGGAGUAUUUUUACGAGUUCUUGUUACUGAAUGGUGGCCGGAUACAAAUCCAGCGGAUAGAUGAAGGACUUCCACUCUUUGUCAAUACCGUUUUCGGGUGGAUUGCAGCUGGUAAGGCGAAUUUGGGUAGCCUCAAUCCUGUCCCAUGCUGUCACGCAAGCGUCAAAACAACUACCCUGGAGGAAAAGAUUGAGAGAUUUUGGGCGAUUGAAGAACUACAAGAUGUAACGAAGCUAACCCAGGAAGAGCAAGACUGUGAAGAGCACUUUCGAACUACUUUUUCACGUGAUUCAACGGGAAGAUACGUGGUACGUCUGCCGAAGCGAAUGGGUUUCGAGCAGAUGAUAGGCGAAUCGAAGGACAUGGCGGUGCGUAGACUUGUACAGCUCGAACGGCGACUGAACAAGGAUUCGGAACUACGUAGACGUUACAACGAAGCGAUUCAAUCAUACUUAGAUCAAAACCACAUGACGAUCGUUCCGGAGGAAGAGCUUAAACGCGAUAAACGGAUUGCUUUCUACCUUCCUCACCAUCCCGUCUUCAAGGAGUUGAGUUCGACCACGAAGAUUCGGCCAGUAUUCGAUGGUUCAGCCAAGACGUCAUUCAAUUACUCUCUUAACGAUGCUCUAAUGACAGGUCCAGUCAUCCAGGAUCCUCUGUUUGAUUUGCUGCUUCGUUUCCGUAUGCAUUCUGUGGCUCUCGUUGCUGACAUCGAGAAAAUGUAUCUGCAGGUGAAGGUCCAUCAUGACGACACUUCUUUGCUCCGGAUUUUGUGGAGAUUCUCGCUAUCAGAACCUAUUGCAACAUAUGAAAUGUCUAGAGUGACUUUUGGUUUAGCUCCAUCAUCGUUCCUCGCAACGCGAUGUUUGCAGCAGUUAGCACACGACGAAGGUGAUCAAUAUCCACGAGCGAAAGCGGCGCUCGUACAUGAUUUCUACGUGGACGAUUUUAUCGGAGGUGCGAAUUCCGAAGAACAAGCUAUUUUACUACGGCGAGAAUUAGAGCAGCUGUUGCCUAAAGGUGGUUUCAGACUGCGAAAAUGGGUAUCAAGUUCGGAAGCUGUGUUGGCAGGUUUAUCUGCUGAAGAUUUGGGAACGACAUCCACAUUGAGUUUCGACCAGGAGCGUGUAAAAACGCUAGGAAUCAACUGGCAACCAGGGCCAUUCAUUGAGCAUAGACGUCUCGGGUCUUGCUCUCCUGUCAUCGCGUGGGCUAAAAUUCGGAUGCAGCUAUUAUGGGUGGCUAUUCAAGGUUGGGAUGAUCCAUUGCCACCAGACUUAGAUGAACAGUGGGCAGAUUUCUAUCAGCAACUUCCAUUGCUCUCCAACAUCAAAAUUAACCGACAUGCUUUUACUGAUAAGCCGGCGUUAACACAGUUCCAUGUAUUUUCGGAUGCAUCCGAAGCUGCCUACGGCGCAUGCAUCUAUACUCGUUCUAUCAGCCAGUACGGGCGAAUCAAAGUCGAGUUGCUGGCAGCUAAAUCUCGCCCCGCAAGCCUGAAGAAAAUUACACUCGCAAGGUUGGAGCUGUGUAGUGCUUUUGUUGCUGCUAAACUUUACCGCGCGAUCGUUCACGCACUCAAGAUGAAGGAAAUUGAGACUUGGUUCUGGUCGGAUUCGACCGUUGUACUGUCGUGGAUAAAACUGCCACCAUACGUGUGGCCUACAUUCGUCGCAAACCGGGUCUCCCACAUUCAAGAACUUACAAAGGGACACCGGUGGAAUCAUGUUAAAGGAUCUGAGAAUCCUGCUGAUCUUGUGUCGCGAGGAGUUAUGCCGAAGGACCUCGCAGACUUACCGCACUGGUUUCAUGGUCCACAUUGGUUAUCGCUUUUUAAUCAACAUUGGAACACUAACGAGCAUUUGAAUUACGAGAAGCCAUCGGAUGAGUUGUUAGAGAAGAAGAAAAACGUACUUGUGGUAACGGACCACACACAACCUCAUCCUUUUUUGGAUAAUUAUUCCUGUUACUGGAAACUGUUGCGGAUUACGGCGUACUGCGUGAAAUUCAUCCGGAAAUGUAAACGACGCAGCUCGCCCCCCACUAUUCCGAUUCUCAGCGUUAAGGAUCUUCAAGAAGCUAAGUACGCACUGGUGCGGUGUGUUCAGCGAGAGUCAUUCGCUGUAGAGAUCAAAGCACUCGCAAAUCAUCGUAUCAUUCCUGCUCAUUCGUCACUGAAAUUGCUUAACCCUUUCCUGGAUCAGCUAGGCAUACUUCGCGUUGGUGGCCGGCUCAAUCUCGCUGGAGAAUCGUAUUCAGUUCGACACCCUAUGAUUAUACCCGGUAACCAUUCAUUUUCGCAACUGAUGGCUGUCGCAUAUCACAAAAUGGCACUACAUUCCAGCCCCCGUAUGACGCUCGCUCAUAUUCGGCAAGAAUUCUGGCCUUUAAAUGGUAAGGCACUGGCAACUUAUAUUUUCCGGAAUUGCACUCACUGCUUCCGAAGCAACCCUGUCCCUGUAUCCCAACCCCCUGGUCAACUCCCUAAACCUCGUACAACUCCUAGUCGUGCUUUUGCUGUUACCGGUGUAGACUAUUGCGGCCCGGUCUAUUUAAAGCCUGUGCACCGUCGUGCGGCAGCUCAAAAAGCUUACAUUGCUGUGUUUGUAUGCUUCAGCACGAAAGCUGUGCAUCUCGAGUUGGUAGGAGAUCUCACAACUGCCGCUUUCCUGGCUGCCUUGCGACGUUUCAUAUCUCGUAGAGGUCUUCCCGCCGAAAUCCACUCGGAUAACGGCCUUAAUUUCCAGGGAGCCAGCAAUCACCUUCGAGAGCUAUACGACUUGUUACGUGAUCCAACAACGACAAUUGAAAUCACUCAUGAAACAUCCCAGCAUGGCAUAAUCUGGAAAUUCAUCCCGCCACGAUCACCAAACUUCGGCGGCCUUUGGGAGGCAGCAGUGAAAUCUGCGAAGCGGUCACUCAUCUGCGUUCUGGGCCAGCGACAACUCUCCUUCGAGGAUAUGACGACAAUUCUUACGCAGAUCGAAGGUGUUAUGAACUCUCGACCACUUACUCCACUGUCGGACGAUCCAAGCGAGCUGGACGUGCUCACUCCCGGGCAUUUUCUGACAGGCACUUCUCUAUUGGCAAUACCCGAUCCAGAUUAUACGGAUGUCCCCACGAAUCGACUACAGCACUACCAGCAACUGCAAUUGUUGGUUCAGCAGCAUUGGAAGCGGUGGAGGCGGGAAUAUAUCUCGCAACUUCAUAACCAAAACCAGCGAUUUCCUCAAGCAACACAACUGAAAGUUGGGCAAAUGGUGGUGCUCAAAGAGGAUGGCAAUGCGGCUAUUGAAUGGCCUUUAGCUCGCAUCACUGAAAUUUUCCCAGGCCCUGACGGUGUGGUCAGGGUAGUGAAGGUUCGAACGCCGAAUGGAGCUGUUUAUAAGCGCCAAGCAUCACGUGUCUGCCUGCUGCCGUUCGAGAAGAUCAAUGCUUUGCAGUCAACACACGACGAUAAUCCGCUACUCAUGGGCACAUACCCGAAUGGCGAAUAA